AUGCAUCGUUGGACGCCACCAGUAUCACCAAUUCCAACAACUUCAUGGGAUAAUAAUACCAAAUAUGACAAUCAACAAAUAUGUUUACGUUGGUGUAAAGUUUGUAUAUCUACAUUAACUGUAUUAGUACUACUUAGUUUUUGUAUUAUAUAUCCUGUACAAAAAGAACUAUUUUUUAAACAGAAAUAUCAAAAUAAACAACAAGAACAAUUUAAUCAACAACAACAAUUAUCAUUUGACACAUAUAUUCAAGAUAUAUCAAAUAUACUUUUACAAGAAUCCGAUAAAAAUAAUACUAAUGAAAAAUUUCUUCAUAUACAAACAAAAACAUUAAUGAUAUUAAGAACUUUAGAUAUUAAACGAAAAAAAGAUAUUAUUUUAUUUUUAUAUGAAAGACAUCUUAUUCAAAAUAAUCAAUUAAAUUUAUAUGGAGCUGAUUUAAAUAACGUUGAAUUAAUAUGUCCUCAUGAUUUUCAUUAUUUGCAUUUACCUGGUGUAUUAUGGUCGAAUGGUAAAUUUAUUAAUUGUCAUUUAACAUUUGCUAAUUUAAAUAAUGCAUAUCUUAUUAAUGCUCAAUUUAUUAAUUCAACACUUCAAAAUGCAUCAUUAAUUGAAACAAAACUUGAUAAGAGUUAUUUUAUACAAACAAUAAUUAUGAAUGUUAAUUUUAAUCAAGCUUCACUUAUUCAAGCAGAUUUUCUUCAAGCUGAUGUUGUUCAAGGAAAUAAUUUUACAAAUGCUGAUUUAUAUCAAGCUAAAUUAACUGAUGAUCAAUUAGAAGGAAAAAAAAUUUCAAUUAUAAAACAUGAUUUUUUUCAUGCACGAUUUCCAAAUGGAUCUUUUGGUUUAUUGAAUUCAGAAGAAAAUUUAAUUUCUAAUGGAAAUGCUGAAAUGGAGUGUUUUGCUGAUAAACAAACAAAAUGGAAGACAGUUGAUAGUAAUACAAUAUUAUUAACUGAAAAAAUUGAAAAUAUAACAGUUAACAAUACAAUUAUUAAUAAGAAUUAUUGGGGAAAUUGUUCAUUUAUCAUUUUAUCUAAAACACAAGUCUAUCAAGAGAUCAAUUUAUAUUCAUAUUCAGUUUUGAUUGAUACCAAUAAUGCUGCAUUUUCUUUCUUAGGUUUUGCUAGUUGUAAUCGAUCUUACUUUGAAAUUAAUAUGUAUCGUUCGGAUGAUAUUUUGCAUGGUUUAAAAACUUAUUCAAAGCCUUGGAAAGAAAUGGAACUAAAUGAUGAUGAACUAAUGCAUGCAUACGGUGAACAUCGACAUUAUUUGUCAGCACGUACACGACGUAUUGAAAUUUAUUUCGGUAUUGAAAAAUCCGAAGAUGAUAUUCCUUGUCAUUUUGACAAUAUUACUUUAACUAUUCAUCAAAAUACAACAAAAUAA